AUGGAAUUCUUUUAUGAAGAACAAGUAGCUUGUAUCGAAGAUGAUAAAAUAAGCAACUCUCAUACCAAGGAAACUGGAUCAACAGAAAACACUGAAAAUAACGAACUUCAGAGCCGAGAUGACAAAACAAAUGAGGCCUUCCAAAAGUUAGAAGAGGAAGUCAAUAAACGAUAUGAAAAGACUACAAGUGCAUUCAAAAAGUUAGUAAUCGAGAAAGAUGACGGAAUUGAAAUUAACUUGCCAAUUAGCAAUGAAACUACAGAGACUGCACAAAAGUAUUUGAAGAAACUAGACGAGAAUAUUCACAGCGUGGAAAGUCUAGCCCAGUCAUAUUGGAGCAAAAUGAAAACUAAGAAUUUUUGGUCUGGCUUCAGUAGCUUCGAUAAUGCUGCAGAAAAUGACUCUAAUGACAAGGAUGAGAAUUCGAAAGAAAAUGAAAUUGCUGUGGGUGGAAAUAGAACAGAAGCCGAACUAAGGACAUUAUCUAAAGAUAAAUCGGUUUAUUUAGACAAUAAAAUGGAUUUGCAACUGGACCCGUUUGACGUGGAUGAAAAAACUGAGGAGAUAUGUUCUAUUUUACAGGGCGACAAAGAUAUCUCCAAAUUAAUGAACGACAUCGUACCCCAUAAAAUCAGCUAUAAAGAUUUCUGGCACAUCUAUUUCUUACAAAGAAACAAAAUUCUAGAUAAAGAAAGUAAAAGGAAAGAAAUAUUGUCCAAAAAGGAAAAGGAAACGGAGGAAAAAGAAGUUGAGUGGGAUGACGAAGAAGAAGAAGAAGAUGAUGACAAAGUAGAAGCAGUAGCUGACAACAAAUCUAAAGGGGAGACGAAAGUUGCUGUGUCUCAAGAGGGAUUGAAAGAUGUUAGUGACCAUGUUGGCCUCGCCAACAAGGAUGAGAGCAAGGACGACGACGACGAUGAUGACUGGGAAUGA